AUGCCACCGGUCAACAGGCCGGAGCGCACUACACCAUUGCCGCCGAAGGACACGGCAUCGGUGCAGCGAAGGUUCAAGUCGUUCGCAGUGAAGGUCAAGAGGCCCAAGCCUGCGGCGCUACUGAAGCGCCCAUCACCAGUCAAGGCGGUAGAAACACCCAGGAAACACCCAGGAGAAGCGCCCAUCACCAGUCUGUCGUGGAUUCCGACGUCCAAGCGUGGGGAGUAUCUGGUGCUCAAACGCCUUGGACACGCUUCCCCACUCUCCGCAUCCACUGCUAGGAACAAAUUCGACGCCUUGUUCGGAAACAACCCGGAGGACGACGAGGCGCUCAGGGAACUGUUCCCGGAUGAUGGCCACAUCGGCGGCCGCAGGAGGCGCCGUCGUGCGUGGGCUUAA